AUGGGGGUGAGGAGGUUAGUGUGGGUGAUGGGGGUGAGGAGGUUAGUGCGGGUGAUGGGGGUGAGGGUUAGUGCGGGUGAUGGGGGUGAGGAGGUGAGUGCGGGUGAUGGGGGUGAGGAGGUUAGUGUGGGUGAUGGGGGUGAGGAGGUUAGUGCGGGUGAUGGGGGUGAGGAGGUGAGUGCGGGUGAUGGGGGUGAGGAGGUUAGUGCGGGUGAUGGGGGUGAGGAGGUUAGUGUGGGUGAUGGGGGUGAGGAGGUUAGUGCGGGUGAUGGGGUGUGGGUGAUGGGGGUGAGGAGGUUAGUGCGGGUGAUGGGGGUGAUGGGGGUGAUGGGGGUGAUGGGGGUGAUGGGGGUGAGGGUGAUGGGGGUGAGGGUGAUGGGGGUGAUGGGGGUGGGUUGGUGUUGUAGGAGCUCGAUAAACAGGUCUGUGAACCGGCCCUGGCCUGGGUCCCUGUGCUCCCCCUCUGCUGUCCCUGUACUCCCCCUCUGCUGUCCCUGUGCUCCCCCUCUGCUGUCCCUGUGCUCCCCCUCUGCUGUCCCUGUACUCCCCCUCUGCUGUCCCUGUACUCCCCCUCUGCUGUCCCUGUACUCCCCCUCUGCUGUCCCUGUGCUCCCCCUCUGCUGUCCCUGUACUCCCCCUCUGCUGUCCCUGUACUCCCCCUCUGCUGUCCCCUGUGCUCCCCCUCUGCUGUCCCUGUGCUCCCCCUCUGCUGUCCCUGUGCUCCCCCUCUGCUGUCCCUGUGCUCCCCCUCUGCUGUCCCUGUGCUCCCCCUCUGCUGUCCCUGUGCUCCCCCUCUGCUGUCCCUGUACUCCCCCUCUGCUGUCCCUGUACUCCCCCUCUGCUGUCCCUGUGCUCCCCCUCUGCUGUCCCUGUGCUCCCCCUCUGCUGUCCCUGUGCUCCCCCUCUGCUGUCCCUGUGCUCCCCCUCUGCUGUCCCUGUACUCCCCCUCUGCUGUCCCUGUGCUCCCCCUCUGCUGUCCCUGUGCUCCCCCUCUGCUGUCCCUGUGCUCCCCCUCUGCUGUCCCUGUGCUCCCCCUCUGCUGUCCCUGUGCUCCCCCUCUGCUGUCCCUGUGCUCCCCCUCUGCUGUCCCUGUGCUCCCCCUCUGCUGUCCCUGUACUCCCCCUCUGCUGUCCCUGUACUCCCCCUCUGCUGUCCCUGUACUCCCCCUCUGCUGUCCCUGUGCUCCCCCUCUGCUGUCCCUGUGCUCCCCCUCUGCUGUCCCUGUGCUCCCCCUCUGCUGUCCCUGUGCUCCCCCUCUGCUGUCCCUGUACUCCCCCUCUGCUGUCCCUGUACUCCCCCUCUGCUGUCCCUGUGCUCCCCCUCUGCUGUCCCUGUACUCCCCCUCUGCUGUCCCUGUGCUCCCCCUCUGCUGUCCCUGUGCUCCCCCUCUGCUGUCCCUGUGCUCCCCCUCUGCUGUCCCUGUGCUCCCCCUCUGCUGUCCCUGUACUCCCCCUCUGCUGUCCCUGUGCUCCCCCUCUGCUGUCCCUGUGCUCCCCCUCUGCUGUCCCUGUGCUCCCCCUCUGCUGUCCCUGUGCUCCCCCUCUGCUGUCCCUGUGCUCCCCCUCUGCUGUCCCUGUGCUCCCCCUCUGCUGUCCCUGUGCUCCCCCUCUGCUGUCCCUGUACUCCCCCUCUGCUGUCCCUGUACUCCCCCUCUGCUGUCCCUGUACUCCCCCUCUGCUGUCCCUGUGCUCCCCCUCUGCUGUCCCUGUGCUCCCCCUCUGCUGUCCCUGUGCUCCCCCUCUGCUGUCCCUGUGCUCCCCCUCUGCUGUCCCUGUACUCCCCCUCUGCUGUCCCUGUGCUCCCCCUCUGCUGUCCCUGUACUCCCCCUCUGCUGUCCCUGUACUCCCCCUCUGCUGUCCCUGUGCUCCCCCUCUGCUGUCCCUGUACUCCCCCUCUGCUGUCCCUGUGCUCCCCCUCUGCUGUCCCUGUGCUCCCCCUCUGCUGUCCCUGUACUCCCCCUCUGCUGUCCCUGUACUCCCCCUCUGCUGUCCCUGUACUCCCCCUCUGCUGUCCCUGUGCUCCCCCUCUGCUGUCCCUGUGCUCCCCCUCUGCUGUCCCUGUGCUCCCCCUCUGCUGUCCCUGUGCUCCCCCUCUGCUGUCCCUGUACUCCCCCUCUGCUGUCCCUGUGCUCCCCCUCUGCUGUCCCUGUACUCCCCCUCUGCUGUCCCUGUGCUCCCCCUCUGCUGUCCCUGUGCUCCCCCUCUGCUGUCCCUGUGCUCCCCCUCUGCUGUAUGUGGGUGUUUCCUCCAGGGGCCGCGGUUCACUGCUGCCUGUCCAUGUUUGCCUGUGUACCGCUGCGCAUGGAUGAGCCGGGGGUAA